UUUACCAAAUUAGUAUACACAGUAAAUACACAUUUGAGUACCCAGGGUGGAAUUCUACUUCCUCUUCUUCACAUUCAAUCGCAUAUCUUGUAGCUUAUCUUCUCCAUCAAUGGCUUCCUCUUCCUCUUCCUUCUCCAUCAAUGGACCUCAGCCUCAAACAAUGGCUCCAUCAACAAGACAAGUUGAGGUUAAGAACAAAGGAAAAUUUGUUACUGCUUAUAUCAUUGAUCAGCCAUAUGGUGAAAUGAGUCCGAAAAUUAUUGAAAAGAUUUAUCAUGAACUUGAAGAAGAAGUUGUUGUGUUUGAUAGCGAAAACCGUUCAUUGAAAGUUAAGUUCAAUCGAUCAAUUCAACAUCCUCUUAUUGUUGGUGGGUGGUCAGAAAUGAGAGCUCAUUUUGGAAUUGAUAGAAACAGAAUGUUAGUCAUGACUUAUGUGGGUAAAAACCGUUUUAUACUUGAUUUUCUAAAUCAAGAGUUUAAUCCAAACAAGUUGCCUACUUACCAUAGUUAUUAUCACUUUGCUGCUGAUCCUGUGACAUUUAAUGUCACACUCACUCCUUAUCUUGCUUCUGGCUCUCAGUUGUCCUUAAACAAAGACUUUGCUACCUACAUAAGGAAUUCUGGAUUCGAUAGUGUGGUUCUCUAUGGUCCUCAAGGUGAUGAGGUACCUUGCAAACUUGUGCUGAAGAAUUCUAGAAAUAAAGAGUACACAAAAAUUGGUACAGGUUGGAAGAAUUUCAUUAAUAUAAAUGGAUUUGUUGCUGGAGAUGUGCUCAACCUUAAGUUUGUCAACAAAGCAAAUAGCAAUCUGAUGAAAGUUGUCAAAAUCUAAGUCAAUGUAAUAAUUAUUUAUGAUAUGGUGUAUGCUUGAUAGGUAAGUUUAGUUAUGUUUUGAAUGUAGUUUGGUUGUGUAUGUUAUUUGAU